CAUUUUGGUCUGUGUCUGUGGUCGCGUCGAAUCGUGUAAAUAAACAAUAACAUUAGGUAUUUAACGUUCUACUGAUUACGAUUAUAUGCGAUACGAGAAUAGAAAGCCGUCAAGUCAAGUUCGUAGGCUAAUGACCCUAACGAAACCAAACGAUGCAUAUUAACAUAUGAUGAUAAAGUGUUUAUAGUGAAAUAAAAUAUUUUAUUUUCUAUCAGCACAAUGAAGUUCAAAAUAGACAAAAGGCUAUUGCCUAUUAAGGCACAUUUCUUCUUCUUUUUCGCUGCGCUGGGACCUCUUCUGCCCCAAAUGAAUGUCUUCGGUCGUCAGCUUGGUAUAUCUGCGGAUGUAAUGGGGAUGGUGACGGCAGUUUUACCACUGUUAUGGGCGGCAGCGAAACCUCUAUUCGGUUACGUAGUUGAUUAUUGGCCUAGUCAAAGGAAACUAGUCUUUAUGUUGUUAAUUGUUGUAAUGACGGGAUCAUACUGCGGUUUAUGGUUUCUACCGAUGCCUGAAGAGCCAGAAUCGUCUGUACCACUACUAAAAUCUGUAUACCAAUUUAACGAUACAGUCACAGUGCAGAAAUACAAAAUUGACCCUUCUGAACAUUUACAAAUGGUGAACUGCCAUUGGAGUUGUGAAAGAACAUAUGAUAUACAAGUAUAUCUACCAAAUUCAACUCUGGUUAAUACCAUUUAUGUCGACGGUGUUGUGAAUGAUACGACUUGCUCGCUCUUACGUAUGAAUUAUGUGGAUACUAGAGGGGGACAGGUGAUAUGCUCGCCGAAAGAAGAAUGCAAUUUAAUGUGCUUCGAAGAAGGAAUAAGAGUUAAUGGGAGUAGGAAAAGGAGAGAAAUAAGCGUAUCUAAGGAUGUGAAUUCUUUAGAAGUUGAUGCUAAGAUGUUUGGUAAAAUAGAGAAGGAGAAAGAACAAGAUGGAUAUGUUUAUAUGACGGUUGUCUUUUGGGUUUUUGUUGUGUUAAUGUGUAUAGGUACGGUGGCAUUUAAUGUAGCUAAUUGUAUUGGUGACGCUGUUUGCUUUGAUGUACUAGGUGCUGAAGCUGCUUCAAAAUAUGGAGCACAAAGAGCCUGGGGUACCGCGGGGUAUGGGAUAACAGCCCUUCUAGGUGGUUGGCUUGUUGAUUUAGUAUCUGGAAGUUAUAAGGAUUUUACACCAGCGUUUAUUGUGGCUAUAAUCGCUACUGCAAUAGAUUUAUACAGUUGUAGAAGUCUUAAGCUACCCUCACUAUCAAGUCCUGAAGACUCGGGGAAAGCGUUACGCGAUGUUCUGAAAAUACCAAGAGUCUUGAUUUUCAUCAUAUUCGCGGUUGUCGCAGGGACAUUUGAUAGUUUUAUCAUAUAUUAUAUGUUCUGUGGUAGAGCCCGUUUUAACAUGUUCGCACAACAGGGCUCGGGAGUAGUCGUUGCAGCUCAGAGCUUCAUCGGCGAACUUCUCUUUUUCUUCUUCUCCGGUAAAAUAAUAAAACGCUGGGGUUAUAGGAGAACUCUUACUUUCUCCCUCUUUUGCUACGGAAUCAGACUCGCUCUCAUCUCCUUCAUACAGCAUCCCUGGCAUCUCGUGUUUAUUGAGGGUAUAAUGCAAGGGCCGACUUACGCGCUAUGUUACUCUACCAUAGUGGGGUACGCAGCGCAUGUCGCCCCUGAAGGGUAUUCCGCUACCGUACAAGGUAUAGUUGCUGGCAUGGAUGAUGGUGUUGGAUUUGCGUUAGGUUCCCUACUAGGCGGGCAGUUAUAUGCCCGACUAGGCGGGCGCGGUGCAUUCCGUACUCUGGCUAUCGCUGCCACUAUAGCUGCAUUCACACACGGCGCUUUAUCUAUUAAAAAGAAACCUACAAAAAAAACACAGGAAUUACCAAAGGAAGAGGAUGAGAAAAUGUUACCAACACUUAAUACAUCUAUAUAUAAAGAAACCACGUUACCUUUGUCUGAUGUCGGACAAAGUGACAGGUGACAAGUGACA